GCCGCCUCUAACAAGAGCAACGACAUGGAAGAGUGUACAUACGGAACAUUAGGUGCUUUUAUGGAAGAAAAAAGUAAUAGAGCACUUUAUGGUAUAACAUGUCGCCAUGUGAUUCCACAAGAACACGAAAAAGUGUACAUGAAAAUAGACCAAAAUAAGCCACCAUGUGAAUUUGGUCAUUCUGUGUAUACUUCCGAGAAAUCUUUUGAAGACUUUGCAGUGUUCAAAGUGAACGAUCAUGUUAAAGAUGAAUGCAAAAAAACUUUUCAAAAUGACGAUGACUAUGAAUGCAAUGCCGUAGUUCAUCCCGGAUAUACCUCAGAUAAUUUAAUUGUGCAUAAGAAGGGAGCAGCCACCGGGUGGACUACGGGGCGGAUUCAGAGCCGAGAGUACUAUUCUAAUUUAAUUCCUGAUCAAAAUGAGGUGUUCCUUGUCAGCGGUUUUGAUAAAGAAUUUUUUUCACGCGGUGGAGACAGUGGUUCUGCCGUGUUUAAACGUGAUGAAUCAUUUGAUCAAUCGACCGUAUCCGUACUCGGUAUGGUAUUUGGUGGAAUGGAAAGUAAUUAUGAAGAACAUCGCCCUGAGAUAGAGAAAUCUACAGUGUGUUUUCCUCUAAAUAAUCCUUUGAAUACAAUGACUGAACGUAAUGGCUUAGAAUUAGAAUUUCCAUCCAAAGAACAAAGUUUUUGCAGCGAUUCGGACUAA